AUGAAGUCAAAGAUCGAGGCUUUGGAGGUAAUCAGGCAUAAUCUAGACCCCGAAACAGAAAUGCCAAUUUUCAAGGAGUCUACCUUCAGACAUUUUAUUUCGAUGUCUGAAAAUAUGAUCUAUUUUGGAGUGUUGACACAAUAUCUGCUUUUGAGGCGGAUAGAAACAAAAAAGAGACAUGAGUUGUGGUUCAUGGUUAAUGGAACCACAACUAGGUUUGGAAUGAGGGAAUUUGCAUUAAUUACUGGAUUGAACUGCGGGAAAACUCCAGAGCCGGACGUGAUCUUGAAAGCUUCGAAGAAUAGAAGAUUAUUGGAGCAUUUUAAGUCCCACGUAGUACUUGUUGCUGAUUUAAGAAAAUUGCUCACAGGGAAGAAGAUAAAAGGUAGCGAUAAAGCAAAGAUCGCUAUCAUUUAUUUUUUAGCACAACUAUUAUUAUCUGGGGACGAGAAGAAGACCGUCCCACUGGAUUGGUUGUCUUACGUUGACGAUUUAGAAUUCUUCAACAGCUAUCCAUGGGGCAGGGUGUCUUUUGAAUGCACUCUGCAGGCUUUGAAGAAGAACUUGAGAGAGAAAUUCCAGAAAUGGGUUCGGAAAGGACGUAAUAAGAGCAUCAAGGAAACCUACUCAAUAUGUGGGUUUCCUUGGGCCUUCCAGUUUGGGCAUUCGAAACAUUUCCAACCAUCGACGCCACGUUUGCAAAGAUGGUUGAGGGACGUCUUCCCAGAAUCCUCAAAUGGGAGGCACGCCGGGUUUCAUUGGUCGAGGAUGGUAGAGUACAAUAGUAGACAUUUUGAAGCCAUCAACAAAAGGCUAGACUCGCUAGUUGUAUCUAUUAGAGAAAUUAAGGACAAUAUAGCAUGUCUAGCGAAACAACAAUUACAGCCAAAGCCAGUGCCUGAGGAAGAACUUGACCCAAAGUUUCAACUUGAGCCUGAGGCAGAACUUGAGCCUCAGGUUCAGCCAGAGCCUGAGGAUCAGCUUGAGCAACAGGUUCAUUCAGAGCCAGAGUCUGAAUCGAAGAAUGAAAAGUGA